CUGCUUAUACCGAUUGCUGUCAAACUUUAUUUCCCGGCACAGAAAUACACAUUACAAUUCAUAUAAAUGUAAACAAAUUUAAUAAAUUAUGAAAUUACUAUUAUUUUAUUUGGUUAUAAUUACCUGCAAAUGUUAUGCAUUAUCAUCAAUAGAUGAUAAUUAUCCCAACAAAAUACGUGGCCUUGAUAAUAGUGAAAAUAGCCGAUCCCAAGAAGAAAUAUUAAUUGGUGACAGAUUAAUAAAGAAAAUAAAAAAGUUAUUGGAAGAAUAUACUCCUUGUUCCGAAGGUGGUGAUGUUAAUUGUGAAUGUCACAGCGAUGUUAUUUUCAAUGAUCUGAAGCCUUAUCAAAGCAAAGGCGUUACUAAUCAAAUGCUGAGAAUUUCCGCAAAAUAUGGAACGCGGUAUAAAAUUUUAAAUCAUCGUCUCUAUCGUGAUAUCGAAUGUAUGUUUCCAGCUCGCUGCAGUGGGAUUGAACACUUUCUUCUUAAACUUGUAGACGAACUUCCUGAUAUGGAUUUAGUGGUGAAUACACGAGAUUGGCCACAGGUACCCACUGGUUUGGGUGACAGAAUGGGCCCAAUAUUUUCAUUUUCUAAAACCAGUAGUUAUUUAGACAUUAUGUAUCCAGCUUGGACUUUUUGGGCUGGUGGUCCUGCCAUAUCUCUUUAUCCAACAGGCAUUGGUCGCUGGGAUUUAUUGCGUGAUAGUUUAACUAAAAGUGCUUUAAAAACUUCUUGGACGGAAAAGCUUCCCAUUGGUUUCUUUAGAGGUUCGCGCACAUCUGAUGAACGCGAUGCGUUAAUUCUUUUGUCACGUCGCAGACCAGAUUUAGUUGACGCGCAAUAUACAAAAAACCAAGCGUGGAAGUCGCCGAAAGAUACUUUAAAUGCUGAACCAGCAAAGGAAGUACAGUUUGAAGAUCAUUGUCGUUAUAAAUAUUUAUUUAACUUUAGAGGCGUUGCUGCGAGUUUCCGUUUAAAACAUUUAUUCCUAUGUAAUUCAUUAGUAUUUCAUGUAGGCGAUGAAUGGAAUGAGUUUUUUUAUUUUGCGUUGAAACCAUGGGUUCACUAUGUGCCAAUAAAAAGCUAUCCAAGUGCGGAAGAAAUCGAAAGCAUUAUACAUUUUUUUCAAGAUAAUGAUGAUCUGGCUCGAGAAAUCUCUGAACAUGGCAAACAAUUUAUUUUGGAUCAUCUUCGAAUGCAAGACAUCGAGUGCUAUUGGAAAAAACUUUUACUAGAAUAUCAAAAGCUAAUUAAAUUUAAUGUUGUAAGUGAAGAAGAACUGGUUGAGGUUAAAUCUAAGUAUCGAGAGGAACUUUAAAAGUAUUUUUUCAAAUUUAUACUAUUUUUAAGUAGCGAGUGAAUAAAUUUAAUUUAAAUUAAAAAAGAAAUAUUUGCUGUAUUAAGUGGUAUUAUUAAGUAAUGACUAAGCUAGGCUUUGAGCUAUUUUAAAUUCCGAAAAAUAAUCAAAUAAAUUUACUAUUUUGUAUUCGCAGUGAACAAUAAUUACCUUUCCAAUAUUUUAUUUUUAGGAAUUUAAUCCUAUCGUAAUUUUAGUUACUUUAUCUUGUGGUCAAUAAAAUUGUUUUUUAAAUGUACAGGCUAAGUAAACGUCAAA